CCGCGUCUACCGUGCCCGCCCCCGGAGCGAAGGAGGUGGGUUUUGGCCUCUUGCCCUAGGGAACGAGUGCGGAGGCAGUGGAAGUGUCCGACUCUUCGGAGAGGCCCUGCUGUACUCCACGCUGCUCAUGAGCCCGUUCUCCGGCGAGCAGCGCCGUCGUUAGGCCGGCCCCUUAGCCUCUGCUUCCCCCGGGACAGGCCCACGCCUUGCCGGGGAGGGGGCAGCCUGCCGAGGCGCCUCCCUAGUCAGCGUCUGCGUCGCGCUGCGACCCUGGAAGCGGGAGCUGCCGCGAGCGAGAGGAGGAGCCCCAGCGGCGGCGGGCAGCAGCACCAGCAACGCCGGCGGGCGGGAUUGAGGCCGUCAACAUGGCGAGCGCCUCGUACCACAUCUCCAAUUUGCUGGAAAAAAUGACAUCCAGCGACAAGGACUUCAGGUUUAUGGCUACAAAUGAUUUGAUGACAGAACUGCAGAAAGAUUCCAUCAAGUUGGAUGAUGAUAGUGAAAGAAAGGUAGUGAAAAUGAUUUUGAAGUUACUGGAAGAUAAAAAUGGAGAGGUACAGAAUUUAGCUGUCAAAUGUCUUGGUCCUUUAGUGAGUAAAGUGAAAGAAUACCAAGUAGAGACAAUUGUAGAUACCCUCUGCACUAACAUGCUUUCUGAUAAAGAACAGCUUCGAGAUAUUUCAAGUAUUGGCCUCAAAACAGUAAUUGGAGAACUUCCUCCAGCUUCCAGUGGCUCUGCAUUAGCUGCUAAUGUAUGUAAAAAGAUUACUGGGCGUCUUACCAGUGCAAUAGCAAAGCAGGAAGAUGUCUCUGUUCAGCUAGAAGCCUUAGAUAUCAUGGCUGAUAUGUUAAGCAGGCAAGGAGGACUUCUUGUUAAUUUCCAUCCUUCAAUUCUGACCUGUCUGCUCCCCCAGUUGACCAGCCCUAGACUUGCAGUGAGGAAAAGAACCAUUAUUGCUCUUGGCCAUCUGGUUAUGAGCUGUGGAAAUAUAGUUUUUGUCGAUCUUAUUGAACAUCUGUUGUCAGAGUUGUCAAAAAAUGAUUCCAUGUCAACAACAAGAACCUACAUACAAUGUAUUGCUGCUAUUAGUAGGCAAGCUGGUCAUAGAAUAGGUGAAUACCUUGAGAAGAUAAUUCCUUUGGUGGUAAAAUUUUGUAAUGUAGAUGACGAUGAAUUAAGAGAGUACUGCAUUCAAGCCUUUGAAUCAUUUGUGAGAAGAUGUCCUAAGGAAGUGUAUCCCCAUGUUUCUACCAUUAUAAAUAUAUGUCUUAAGUAUCUUACUUACGAUCCUAAUUAUAAUUAUGAUGAUGAAGAUGAAGAUGAAAACGCCAUGGAUGCAGAUGGUGGUGAUGAUGACGACCAAGGGAGUGAUGAUGAAUACAGUGACGAUGAUGACAUGAGUUGGAAAGUGAGACGUGCAGCUGCUAAGUGCUUGGAUGCUGUAGUUAGCACAAGGCAUGAAAUGCUUCCAGAAUUCUACAAGACCGUCUCUCCUGCACUGAUAUCCAGAUUUAAAGAGCGUGAAGAGAAUGUAAAGGCAGAUGUAUUUCAUGCGUACCUUUCUCUCUUGAAGCAAACUCGUCCUGUGCAAAGUUGGCUGUGUGAUCCUGACGCAAUGGAACAGGGAGAAACACCUUUAACAAUGCUUCAGAGUCAGGUUCCAAACAUAGUUAAAGCUCUGCACAAACAGAUGAAAGAGAAAAGCGUGAAGACCCGACAGUGUUGUUUUAACAUGUUAACUGAACUGGUAAAUGUAUUACCCGGGGCCCUAACACAACACAUUCCUGUACUUGUACCAGGAAUCAUUUUCUCACUGAAUGAUAAAUCAAGCUCAUCAAAUUUGAAGAUCGAUGCUUUGUCCUGUCUGUAUGUAAUCCUCUGUAACCACUCUCCUCAAGUCUUCCAUCCUCACGUUCAAGCUUUGGUCCCCCCAGUGGUGGCUUGUGUUGGAGACCCAUUUUACAAGAUUACAUCUGAAGCUCUUCUUGUUACUCAACAACUUGUCAAAGUAAUUCGUCCUUUAGAUCAGCCUUCCUCGUUUGAUGCGACUCCUUACAUCAAAGAUCUAUUUACCUGUACCAUUAAGAGGUUAAAAGCAGCUGACAUUGAUCAGGAAGUCAAGGAAAGGGCUAUUUCCUGUAUGGGACAAAUUAUUUGCAACCUUGGAGACAAUUUGGGCUCUGAUUUGCCUAAUACACUUCAGAUUUUCUUGGAGAGACUGAAGAAUGAGAUUACACGGUUAACUACAGUGAAGGCGUUGACACUGAUUGCCGGGUCCCCUUUGAAGAUAGAUUUGAGGCCUGUCCUGGGAGAAGGGGUUCCUAUCCUUGCCUCGUUUCUCAGGAAAAACCAGAGAGCUUUGAAACUGGGUACGCUUUCUGCUCUAGAUAUUCUGAUUAAAAACUACAGUGACAGCUUGACUGCUGCCAUGAUUGAUGCAGUUCUAGAUGAGCUCCCACCUCUUAUCAGCGAGAGUGAUAUGCAUGUUUCACAGAUGGCUAUCAGUUUUCUAACCACACUAGCAAAAGUGUAUCCCUCCUCCCUUUCAAAGAUAAGUGGAUCCAUUCUCAAUGAACUUAUUGGACUUGUUAGAUCACCUUUAUUGCAAGGGGGAGCUCUUAGCGCCAUGCUAGACUUUUUCCAAGCUCUGGUUGUUACUGGAACAAAUAAUCUAGGAUAUAUGGAUUUGUUGCGCAUGCUCACUGGCCCAGUUUAUUCUCAGAGCACAGCUCUUACUCACAAGCAGUCUUAUUAUUCUAUUGCCAAAUGUGUAGCUGCUCUUACUCGGGCAUGCCCUAAAGAAGGACCAGCUGUAGUAGGUCAGUUUAUUCAAGAUGUGAAGAACUCAAGGUCUACAGAUUCAAUUCGCCUCUUAGCUCUACUGUCUCUUGGAGAAGUUGGGCAUCAUAUUGACUUAAGUGGGCAGCUGGAACUAAAGUCUGUCAUAUUAGAAGCCUUCUCAUCUCCUAGUGAAGAAGUCAAAUCAGCUGCAUCCUAUGCAUUAGGCAGCAUUAGUGUGGGCAACCUUCCUGAAUACCUGCCGUUUGUCUUACAAGAAAUAACCAGUCAACCCAAAAGGCAGUAUCUACUGCUUCAUUCCUUGAAGGAAAUUAUUAGCUCUGCGUCAGUGCUGGGCCUUAAACCGUAUGUUGAAAACAUCUGGGCCUUAUUGCUAAAGCACUGUGAGUGUGCAGAAGAAGGAACCAGAAAUGUUGUUGCUGAAUGUCUAGGCAAACUCACUCUAAUUGAUCCAGAAACUCUCCUUCCACGGCUUAAGGGGUAUUUAAUAUCAGGUUCAUCAUAUGCCCGAAGCUCAGUGGUUACAGCUGUGAAGUUUACUAUUUCUGAUCAUCCACAACCUAUUGAUCCCCUAUUAAAGAACUGCAUAGGUGAUUUCCUAAAAACAUUAGAAGACCCAGAUUUAAAUGUAAGAAGAGUAGCUUUGGUCACAUUCAACUCAGCAGCACAUAAUAAGCCAUCAUUAAUAAGGGAUCUUCUGGAUACUGUUCUUCCACACCUUUAUAAUGAAACAAAAGUUAGAAAGGAGCUUAUAAGAGAGGUAGAAAUGGGUCCGUUUAAGCAUACAGUUGAUGAUGGCCUGGAUAUUAGAAAGGCAGCUUUUGAGUGUAUGUACACACUUCUAGAUAGUUGUCUGGAUAGACUUGAUAUCUUUGAAUUUCUUAAUCACGUUGAAGAUGGUUUGAAGGACCAUUAUGACAUUAAGAUGCUAACAUUUUUGAUGUUGGUGAGAUUGUCUACCCUUUGUCCAAGUGCAGUGCUGCAGAGGUUGGACCGGCUUGUUGAGCCGUUACGUGCCACGUGUACAACUAAGGUAAAAGCAAACUCAGUAAAGCAGGAGUUUGAAAAGCAAGAUGAACUAAAGCGAUCUGCCAUGAGAGCAGUGGCAGCGCUGCUAACCAUUCCAGAAGCAGAGAAGAGUCCCCUGAUGAGUGAGUUCCAGUCACAGAUCAGUUCUAACCCUGAGCUGGCAGCCAUCUUUGAAAGUAUCCAGAAAGAUUCAUCAUCCACUAACUUGGAAUCAAUGGACACUAGUUAGAUAUUUGUUCAACCUGGGACCAUUACAUUGACCAUAUAUGAUGCACUGAUUUGACAGGUUAAUCAUAAGACAUGAAAAGAGAAGUAUCUAAAAGCUUCAAAAUGUUCCACUUUUUUUUUUCCCUUCGUGGAGACAGUUUGACUUUCUUCCAUUGUUGUUUUUGUAGCAUUUAUUUCAGAAAUAUGUAUUUCCAUAAUCCAGAGGUUGUAAAACCACUAAUGUUUUAGUGGUUAGGGCAACAUUUAAAAUGACAACUAAACGUUAGGAUUGAUGGAGAUAGGGUCCAGUAUAUUUACCCUGUAAUGUUUAGGAUUAAAAUGUUAAAAUUUUGUGA